AACCAUUUCCCCCAAAUCAGGGCGAUUCUGCAGCACGGAACAGGUCUUCAUUUUCACUUUCGCUUCUGCCUGAAGUUACAGCUGAGGAGAGCCACAACAAUCGGGCGACGGCACCGAGAAGAACAGCUCGACGUCCCACUAUCCCCAGCAUACGUUCUCUGGAGGUCUUUUUCCUUUGGCACUGGCAAAAAAGUUUGUAGGCUCCAGACCACUAUCUUGGCAGCUGACCAACCCUUGAAUGAUUCAGAAUGGCUGAUGUCAAAUCCCGCUUGACCAAGCAGGAAGAAGUGCUGUUGCUUCGUCUCUUGGGAAGCAAGCGCACAAGCCUUCUCUAUAAGGGCAGUGUUCAUGGUUUCAAUAUUAAUACUUUCCAUUACAUAUGCAACCGACAAGGCCCAACUGUGGCUGUGGCAUACAAUGCAAGCGGUUACAUUUUUGGAGGCUUUACUGUUCAGAGUUACAGUUCCUCUGGGGCAUACCUAAAUGAUGACAAAGCUUCUCUCUUUCGAUUGAAAGGGAAAGAGAAUGAAUGCUGCCCAAUAAAAAUCCCAGUCAAAAUUGCCCAAGAGGCUGUAUAUGACAACAGUGAAUAUGGUCCUUAUUUUGGAGCCGGCUCCCUUGUAUUGUUGUCGGAUAACAAAGCAGCCGUUGCUACAAACCAGAAUGUUGCCUCCUACACGUUCAAUGCUGAAGACUUACAUGGGAAUGACCAGGUUCUCACAGAAUGUGAAGUGUAUCGAGUUGAAGAUGUUGGAGAUAUUAUGGAGAUUCCAUGGAGGAAGGUUGCCUGGACAGCUGGGGAAAGGCUAAAACUGAUGGAAGAAAUAAGAACUUACAAGCCUUACCUGAAUAAUGUGUCACAGUUUCGCGUUCUGAUUCUUGGGCCAGUCGGAGCUGGCAAGUCCAGCUUUUUCAACUCUGUGAAUUCUACAUUUCGGAGUUAUGUGACAAGCCAAGCCAUAGCGGGAUCAGAUUCUACAAGUGUGACCAUGCAGUAUAGGACAUAUGAAGUUAAAAAUGGAAGGGAUGGAAAUCUGCCCAUUGUUUUCUGUGACACCAUGGGACUAGAAGAAAAACAAGGAGCUGGUCUGGAAAUUGAGGAGGUGCCCAACAUAUUAAAAGGACAUGUUCCCGAUAGGUAUCAGUUCAAUCCAUCCUCCAUUAUGCACCCAAAUGCACCUGGCUACAUCAGGAACCCAACUCUAAAGGACCAGAUUCAUUGUGUUGCAUUUAUUAUUGAUGGGUCAAAAGUUGAGAUCCUACCUGAAAAUCUAGCAGCAAAGCUGAGAGAAAUUCGACGGAAAGCAAAUCUACUUGAUGUACCACAGUUGGUUAUAUUAACUAAAGUGGAUGAAAUCUGCAGUUUUCUCGAGGAAGAUAUUUCAUAUGUGUACAAAAGCAAACCGGUUGAGAAGCAGAUGCAGUUAACAGCAGAAAGACUCGGGAUUCCUCUGUCUCAGAUAGUGCCUGUUAAAAAUUAUUCCUCAGAACUGGACAUUAAGUUUGAUGUUGAUAUCCUCAUUCUGAUGGCAGUGAGGCAAAUGCUGCGCUUAGCUGAAAGCUUCCUUGAUAAUGUCCCUGUGGACCACUCUUCUGAUUCAGAAUUGUACAAGUGACCAUAUUUCUGUUUUAAAUGUCUUCAAGUUGAUUCUACUUGAGAGCAGAUGCUGCUCUACUCAUUUUAUAGAACUACUUA